AACUAGCAAAAUGACUUUUUUGCUGUUCAGAUUGAUCCAAUUUAUCAGCAUACUUUGACUGUGUCAAUUUUUUUCGGACAUUUUGUAUAGUCCAAGAUAAAAGCUAAACGGAUAUUAUCACGGACGUCAGUGCGUCCCUUAAUAUUCUGCUGACCUCAUGUCUGCUUUAUAUCUAAUCUAAAUUAAAAUUAAAAUUAAACAUUGGGUCAGUUUUCAAAUACACUUUACACAUCAUGUACAGUCCAGUCGUUCACUAUAUCGGAUCGAAACAGUGAUCUUAAACAGUGAUCUUAUUGACAUCACGCAACACGCGUAGUAUUUUAUUGUACAUUGAAUAUUGCGAGAUAUUGAUAUUUGCAGAAUAUUGAGAUCAAGAGAACAAAGAUCAAGAGGGCAAAAAUCAAGACUUAGAAAAACGUUAUCAUCGUUCUACGCGCAUGAUUAUCCAGAAGUUUUAAAACAGAACACUGAAGAAACGGAUUGAAAAAACUUGAAUCCACUUGAAAUAUUGUUGAUACUCCGUAUCAACGUGAAUCAUGAUCACAACAAUAUUGUUAUUGGUGAUUUUAUGUGUGAUAUUGUAUAAUUAUUAUGUACAUCGUACACGUAGAUUUAUCGAUCUUAUACCAGGUCCACCAACUGUUCCAGUUUUAGGUUCGGCAUUUUUAUUUCAAGGUUCACAAGAACAUGUAUGGCAAAUUUUUCAUUUUUACUCCGACAAACUAUAUCCCAUUAUGAAAAUCUGGGCAGGUUUUGAAAGUGCUGUAAUCAUUCGUCAUCCAGAUGAUGUGGAGAAAGUCUUAAGCAGUACAAAACAUAUCAAAAAAAGUAGAAUAUACGACUUUUUACGUUUGUGGCUUAACGACGGUCUUCUCGUCAGCACAGGAAACAAAUGGCACAAUCGACGAAAAUUACUAACGCCUACAUUUCAUUUCACAAUAUUGAGACAAUUUAUUGACAUUAUAAUAGAGGAAAGCAAUUGUAUGAUAGAGUCUCUAAAAGAUAGUGACGAAAAAACAGUUAUAAAAAAUUUAGUCCCAUUUCUUAGCAAACAUACGCUAAACGCAAUAUGCGAAUCCGCCAUGGGUAUUUCGUUGCACAGUUUAAACACGUUCCAGGAAAAGUAUCGAAAAUCAAUAGAGGACAUGGGACAUUUUGUUAUUCACAGAAUACAAUGUCCUUGGCUGUAUUCCGAUUUGAUGUUCGCAUUAUCGCCAACUGGUAGAAAACAAGCUAAAACGUUAAAGAUAUUACAUGGAUUUACUGAGAAAGUCAUUAUGGAGAGAAAACUUUAUCACGAACGCACAGAGGGACGAUAUUUACAAAACAUUGAAAGUGAAAACACAUUGACAAAAACAGAUAACGUAGAAAUGAUAGGAAUUCGAAAGAAACGACUCGCUAUGUUGGAUCUUCUAAUAGCGGCAUUUCGAAAAAAUCAAAUAACCGAUUUGGACAUCAGAGAGGAAGUCGACACCUUUAUGUUUGAAGGUCACGAUACUACGGCAAUGAGUAUGUGCUUUACUUUGCUAUUAUUAGCUGAGCACAAAGAUAUUCAGGAUCGUGUUAGAACUGAAGUUAAUNGUGUGAUGGAAGAAAAUGAAGAAAAAUUGACUAUGGCGUCCUUACAAAACCUAUCAUAUUUAGAGAGAUGUUUGAAAGAAGCGCUGCGACUGUAUCCCAGUGUGCAUUUCAUAUCGCGCGUUAUUUCAGAAGAUAUACAAUGUCAGUCGUAUACGGUUCCAGUUAAUACAAUUGUGCACGUUAAUAUCUUUGGCGUCCACAGAGAUGCUAACUUCUGGCCGAACCCGGAUGUAUUCGAUCCGGGUCGAUUUUUGCCCGAUCAACUGGAAAAUCGUCAUCCUUACUGCUAUAUACCGUUCAGUGCAGGACCACGGAAUUGCAUAGGUCAACGGUUCGCUAUGUACGAAAUGAAGGCUAUGGUCGCAUCUAUAGUACACCACUUCUACUUGGAGCCUGUGGAUCCUUUGAAGACUCUACAACUUAAAAUGGAUUUAAUACUUCGUCCUGCUUAUCCGGUUCGUGUGAAAUUUGUGUCAAUCAAAUAAAUUAUAUGACAACUAAAAACAAGAAUGGUACAACUUAAUUAUCUAGUUAUACACAAUUAUGUAUUAAAAAGUAUAUGAAUAAGUACAUAAAAACAUUAUUAUAUAGAAAAUAUAUUAUUACACAUAUAGAUAUUUACGUAUACAUAAUAAGAGUGAAAAUUGUCAUGUAUAAAGACUUUAUUUUUCCUGUUUGCUUUAAACUUAUUUAGAAGUUGGUUCAACAAAU